UCGGCCUGCGCUGCUCCCGCCCCGUUUCCUCCGGAGGCAGCGCGGAGGAGGCGGGCCGGGCCGGCACACGGCGGGCGCCGAGUCGGGCUCUCAGCAUGUCGGGCUCGGAGCAGCGGCGGGCGGCAGGCCAUGUGCAGUUGGACAGCAAACCUACACCAACCACCACAGAUGGAAAUCAGAACAUUACAGAAGUGGAUGCAUUUGAUAUAAGACAAACAUAUGACCCUGCAGAGCAAUACAAAAUGAACCAUCAGAGAAGAGGAGUUGCGUUAAUCUUCAAUCAUGAGCACUUUUUUUGGCAUUUAAGGCUGCCAGACAGACGUGGGACUUUGGCAGACAGAAACAAUCUGAAACGCAGUUUGACAGACCUUGGAUUUGAAGUCAGAAUUUUUGACGAUCUGAAAGCAGAAGAUGUGCUGCAAAAAGUGUAUGAAGCCUCUCGGGAUGACUACAGCAACGCUGACUGCUUUGUUUGCGUGUUCUUGAGUCACGGUGAGAAUGAUCACGUCUACGCAUAUGAUGCCCAAAUCAAAAUUGAGACAAUCACAAACAUGUUCAGAGGAGACAAGUGCCAGAGUCUGGUAGGAAAGCCGAAGAUAUUUAUAAUUCAGGCAUGUCGAGGUGAUAAACAUGAUGAUCCAGUUCUUGUCCAGGAUUCAGUAGACAGCAAAGAUGAAACCACUGUUAACCAGACUGAAGUGGAUGCAGCUGGCGUCUAUACCCUGCCGGCUGGUGCGGACUUUAUUAUGUGCUAUUCUGUGGCACAAGGUUACUUUUCUCACCGUGAAACCAUAAACGGCUCCUGGUACAUUCAAGAUUUGUGUGAGGCCCUCAGGAAGCACGGCUCGUCCUUGGAGUUCACAGAACUUCUUACCGUCGUUAACAGGAAAGUUUCUCAUCGCAGCGUGGAUAUGUGCAGAGAUAUAAAUGCUAUAGGGAAAAAACAGAUUCCUUGUUUUGCUUCAAUGCUGACAAAAAAACUGUAUUUUCAUCUAAAAUCUAAGUAGGUUGCUACUUACAUGACAUUCUUUAAUUCUCGCCGCAGAAGGGAGAAAACUACCAUGUUAGAUCAGGAGCUGGCAGAAACACUGGGAUCAAACCAUCCAGUGUGUAUAUGCAACAGGUUCAAAAAGGCAAAUUUAAAGCUAAUAGUGCAGCUCUGUUCAUCUCAGGGAAUCUGGACAAAGUUUACUGGUGCUGGAUUAAUAAGAGGUGCUCAGAUUUUAUUGAAAUUAACUUUUAAGGACAGAUUUUUGCUCAAUAUAUCUGUUUAAUUAUGGCACAUUUUUUACUAUUUCCAAAUCUUUUUAAGCACUGUCUUAGGUUAGCUUCUCUUGCUCCAAGAGUACUGCUUAUAGGAAGUACAAAAAAAUGUCUUACAAGUGUAUCUAUCUAUGUACAGCAGGGUCCACCACCUUAUUUUUAUGCAUUUAUUAAGGUGGAUUUUCUUUUUUCCUCUCAACGCUGAAAACAUACUUCAUUCCUUGAGUGCAAUUGUAGUUCUAAUGUGCAUAAAAGGCUUCUUUUGCUGGCACAUAAGUGUCAUUGGUGGCGCAA